AUGAAGAUUCUUCAACAGAAUCUCGCUCUUAACCAACCAGGAUCAGUGAAGAUCAUCCUGGAAGAAGAAGACGAUCUAUGGCUUGCCUACAACCUUUUUGCCAAGGGUGACACAAUCGUCGCCGACACCACCAGGAAAGUUAUUCACAACAAAAGCUCUGCCAAUGGCAAGAGGAAGGACUCAACUCGGGUCAAAACCAAACUCGAAAUCAGAAUCACGGACGUUGAUUAUGAGAAAGACUCGUCCAAAGUGCGCGUGCGGGGUAGGAACCUCGUGGCCAAUGAACUCAUGGCGUACGGUGCGUACCAUACCCUGGAGAUUGAGAUGAACAAAGAGUUUGAUCUUUCAAAGAAACACUGGGACUCGGAUGCCAUUGACACUUUGCAUGAAGGUUCUGAAAAAGCAUCAGGAGCCGACCUAGCCGUGGUGCUCUUUCAACAAUGGUCGGCUCAAGUGUUUCUGAUUGGACACAAGGUCACAACCCUUGCAAAGGUUGAGGCUUCAAAAACCAACAAUAAGACCGCCUCAAACAAGUUUUUUGAAAAGGUUUUUCAGGCUUUUGUAAAGCAUGUGGAUUUCAACACCGUUCGUUGUGUUGUGUUAGGAAGCCCGGAUUCUACAAAAGAAGAGUUUCGAGGUUAUUUGUUCCAGGAAGCACAAAGAUUGAAGAUGAAACGGGUCGAAGAAAACAAGUCACGAUUUGUAAUGGUAAAUAUAGGGAACAAGAAUAGUUUGAAGGAGGUUUUGCAUGACAACGAAGUGAUGGGAUUGAUUAAAGAUACGAAAGCCGUGAUGGAAAUCAGGGCUUACAAGCAGUUUUCGGACUUGUUAUUGACUGAUUCGGAUCGUGCAUGUUAUGGGCCACGGAGCGUGGAAACUGCACAGGAGAUGAUGGCCAUUGAGACCCUUUUGAUUAUGGAUGAGUUGCUUAGGAAUAAAGAGAUUGCAUUGAGGAAAAAGUACAUGGAGUUGGUGAAAUCUGUGAAGAAAGCAGGAGGGAAAGCGUUUCUGUUCUCGUCUAUGCAUGUUUCAGGAGAGCAGUUGGCGCAGUUGACCGGUAUUGCCGCCAUUCUGAGGUUUCCAUUGCCUCAACUUGAUGAACUUGUACUUUGA